UGAAAAGUGUUGCUGAGGAAUUUGUUAUUUGAUUUUGAACUAUUUAUAUUCUUUAUAAAAGCAUCAAAGAUAUUGUUUUAUCUUUAUAACACAGAAUAUACGUAAUAAUGUUAUAUUGAGUUCACAUGCAUCGUGUUUGGAUGUCCAAUUGUGUCUAAAGCGAAUUGUGGUCAUGUCCAAAAUUUAAGCGGAUCACUUUUGAGUCGCGAUUGAUACUCAAUGAGCUCAAACUUAGAUUAAAACAAAAAAGGAUAGAAAUAUAAUUAAUAGUAUUUUUAUUUUCAUUAAUAUUGAAUGGGUGUGGCAUGGAAGUUGUCAAUUUAAACCAUUUUUGUUAUAAAUUACGUAUAUAGAAUGAAUAAAUAAAAAGGUAAUUUAUAAAGCAAGCUUUGAAUUGAAUGGAAAGGUUUUGAUUUACACUUUAACCAUGAUAUAUUGAUUUAAUUAAGUCAUAUCACCCUUUAUGAAAACUAAAUAACUACAGGACAUAGAAGACAAGCAACAUAAUUGUACUUAACAACAUAUUUUAAUAGCAGUACUUAUUGACAGUGCCUUGUGAGUAAAUUAAUGAAUAUUUACCCAGCUGCAGAAUUCUGUGACUAUCUACUUCGAUAUAAAUAAAUACGCUUUUAUUACAAAGAUAUCUUAUGUACCUUUAUAAUGACUCAGAAGAAGAAUAGUAUCUACAUUAUUUAUUAAAUUUGUUCCAUUCUGCAUUCAACUUCCAUUUGUUAAUCUUACUAAUAUUAUAAAUGUGCAAAUUUAUAAGAUUGUUACUCGAUUAGGAAAAAGACACACAUAGUUUAUCACCUUUAUUGAGGACAUAGGAUACUUUUUCCCGGAAAUUUGUUAGAUUCCAGAGGGAUUCUCAAAGAGAUAAGUUUAACGCGGAUAAAAUCGCGGGCGGCCGCUAGACUUCAUAAAAAAUUGUUACACUAGAAAAAAAACUAUAUUUUUGAAGUGAUAACUUCUUAUGGGAGGAUAUGCCAACGUUUAUUUCGUUAUGUAACACGUUAGGGCGCCAGUCUGUCUGGCUUCCCUUCCUCUCACUCAUACGGCAGAGGUAGGCAGGCUCCUCCUCUCUCACUCUAACCCGCUGCGCCGCUUAAAUUAAUUGAAGUUAUCACUUCUGUCGUCUGGCUUCCCUUCCUCUCACGCAUACGGCAGCGGUAGGCAGGCUCCUGCUCUCUCACUCUAACCCGCUGCGCCGCUUAGAUUGAUUGAAGUUAUCACUUCUGUCGUCUGGCUUCCCUUCCUCUCACGCAUACGGCAGCGGUAGGCAGGCUCCUGCUCUCUCACUCUAACCCGCUGCGCCGCUUAGAUUAUUGAAGUUAUCACUUAUGUCGUCUGGCUUCCCUUCCUUUCACGCAUACGGCAGCGGUAGGCAGGCUCCUCCUCUCUCACACUAACCCGCAGCGCCGCUUAGAUUAGUUUAAGUUAUCACUUCUGUCGUCUGGCUUCCCUUCCUCUCACGCAUACGGCAGCGGUAGGCAAGCUCCUGCUCUCUCACUCUAACCCGCUGCGCCGCUUAGAUUAAUUGAAGUUAUCACUUAUGUCGUCUGGCUUCCCUUCCUCUCACGCAUACGGCAGCGGUAGGCAGGCUCCUCCUCUCUCACUCUAACCCGCAGUACCGCUUAGAUUAGUUUAAGUUAUCACUUCUGUCGUCUGGCUUCCCUUCCCUUCACGCAUACGGCAGCGGUAGGCAGGCUCCUCCUCUCUCACUCUAACCCGCAGCGCCGCUUAGAUUAGUUUAAGUUAUCACUUCUGUCGUGCGUCCCGAGGCGCAUACGCGUUUUUUUAUUAUAAAUAUUGAGGAUCGCCUUGGCAAAUGAUAUGUUAACAUGAACACCGGUUUCAAGUGUACUUGGCGUCGAGCGAUUUCAUUUGAUAUCAAGAUGUGGAAAUUAACGUGUUUUCUCGCCAUAUUGACUGUAGUUGAUGCUACCAGUCCACCACCAAUCGAUUGUCCAAAACCAUGCCCUGAUAAAUGCAAAGCGACUUGUGCCAAUCCAAAUCAAAGUUCUAAAUGCGCCGAGAAUCCGAAGUGUGACUGUGGUGACGGCAACAUCUGGUCAAGCAGGACAGGAAAAUGUAUCCCAAUAAGUGACUGCCCACAGGAUUGCGGUUGUAACGGUGACCAGAACGCAGUGAUCAAAUAUAAGCCGCGAGCUUGCCAGUCGACUUGCAGCAAACCUAACCCUGGUUUAUGUGAGAAACUAGGCCCGAUCGUCGCAUGCGUGUGCAAACCUGGAUUUAUCUUGUCGAAGAAGGGCAAAUGUAUAAAACCCGAAAGCUGUCCAGGUGGCAAUCCUUGCCGUGGAAAUCAAACAUUCGUGAAUUGUGCAUUUGAUUGCGGGCCUAGCGAUUUUUGCCCACAAGACGACUCUCGUGAAAUAGCAGUAUGCGACGCUCCGAUAGACUGCCCUCCAGGAUGUGCCUGCAAAUAUGGCUACAUAAGGAAAAGCCCUGAAAACAGGAAAUGUAUAAAACCGCAAGAGUGCCCUCCAGUCAAGUGUACAAGGUGUAACGAAAUAUGGGAUCCUUGUCCUAGCCCAUGCUUCUCUGACUCCUGCGAAGACGUGAAGAACCCAAAUCCUGUAUGUGAGACCUUAGUUGAACCAGUAUGUAGACCUCAAUGCGUCUGCGCGCCCGGAUACGGAAGGGACGACAAUGGCAAAUGCAUACCUAUUUGGGACUGUCCUUGGUUGCAAUGAUUGCUGAAGAUUUGAGUUAAAAAAAUGAAAAGAAAAUUAAAUCAAUUACAUGUAAUUUACCAGAAGCUGGUAAGUACUAACCGGUGCGUGAAGCAGACUUCCAUUACCAAACUCAAUCAUUGUAAUUUAUGAAAUUAAAUUUUCAUAAAAUUCUGAUAAUAAUAUUAGUAGAGUGAUGUACUUUCAUUGUAAAUACGUUGUGUUUUCGACAUACAAGAGGUACCCCAUUUAAUCAACUGUCCCAUUGUUUUCUACAUCCUGUCUGUAUUUAUAAUUAUGAGUAGGUACUAUCACUUUACACAUUCAAACAUGGCAAACAACUGCCUAUCUCUCGCAAAAUAGAAUUUCAUUUUAGCGAUACAUUUUUAUUAUACGACUGCUAUACCUACGCACUGUGUUGGAAAAUCUUGAUUUUAUUUGAUUUAUUUAUAUAAAAUUCUUCUUGUAUAACUUUGGUACCCAUUUCAAUUUAUAAUAAAGAUCAUGUUUUGAUUAUUAUAAUAGCCUUUUUAUUACACCUCUCGAUUUAGGCCGUUUGUUUGUUUGUUUUGGGUAGUCAUGCUCUCUUAAAAGUCUCUUCGAUGGUGUCAUGUGAGGCGGAUCGUUACGUUCCCUAAAAUAUGGUUGAGCAAAGCGAUGGCUGUUCUUGCUCGUGAACGGGUGCUGCCAGCGGAGAUGAGUCUGCCCUAACUACUUUGAUAUUUAAGAUGUAAAUAUCUAGUUACACCUAAUUUAAAAAAAAAAACUAUAUGUAUUUAUACUGUGUGACACAGCAACCAAAAUGCAGUGUACUUGGCGUCGAGCGAUUUCAUUCGAUAUCAAGAUGUGGAAAUUAGCGUGUUUUAUCGCCAUAUUGACUGUAGUUGAUGCUACCAGUCCACCACCAAUUGAUUGUCCAGAACCUUGCCCUGAUAAAUGCAAAGCGACUUGUGCCAAUCCAAAUCAAAGUUCUAAAUGCGCCGAGAAUCCGAAGUGUGACUGUGGUGACGGCAACAUCUGGUCAAGCAGGACAGGAAAAUGUAUCCCAAUAAGUGACUGCCCACAGGAUUGCGGUUGUAACGGUGACCAGAACGCAGUGAUCAAAUAUAAGCCGCGAGCUUGCCAAUCGACUUGCAGCAAACCUAACCCUGGUUUGUGUGAGAAACUAGGCCCGAUCGUCGCAUGCGUGUGCAAACCUGGAUUCAUCUUGUCGAAGAAGGGCAAAUGUAUAAAACCCGAUAGCUGUCCAGGGGGCAAUCCUUGCUGUGGAAAUCAAACAUUCGUGAAUUGCGCAUUUGAUUGCGGGCCUAGCGAUUUUUGCCCUAAAGACGACUCUCGUGAAAUAGCAGUAUGCGACGCUCCGAUGGACUGCCCUCCAGGAUGUGCCUGCAAAUAUGGCUACAUAAGGAUAAGCCCUGAAAACAGGAAAUGUAUAAAACCGCAAGAGUGCCCUCCAGUCAAGUGUACAAGGUGUAACGAAAUAUGGGAUCCUUGUCCUAGCCCAUGCUUCUCUGACUCCUGCGAAGACGUGAAGAAUCCAAAUCCUGUAUGUCAGACCUUAGUUGAACCAGUAUGUAGACCUCAAUGCGUCUGCGCGCCCGGAUACGGAAGGGACGACAAUGGCAAAUGCAUACCUAUUUGUGACUGUCCUUGCUUGCAAUGAUUGCUGAAGAUUUGAGUUAAUAAAAUGAAAAGAAAAUUAAAUCAUUAUUACUUUUAAUUUACCAAAAGCUGGUAGGUACUUAUCGGUGCGUGAACAGACUUACAUUACCAAAGUCGUUCAUUGUAAUUUAUGAAAUUCGUUUUAAUUUAAUUUUCGUAAAAUUCCGUUAAUAAUAUGGGUAGAGUGAUGUACUUUCAUUGUAAAUACGUUGUGUUUUCGACAUACAAGAGGUACCCCAUUUAAUCAGCUGUCCCAUUGUUUUCUACAUCCUGUCUGUAUUUAUAAUUAUGAGUAGGUACUAUCACUUUACACAUUCAUACAUGGCAAACAACUGCCGAUCUCUCGCAAAAUAGACUGUUAUUUUAGCGAUACAUUUUUAUUAUACGACUGUUAUACCUACGCACUGUGUUGGAAAAUCUUGAAUUUUAUUUUUUUAUUUGUUUGUAUAAAAUUCUUCUUGUAUAAUUUUGGUACCCAUUUCAAUUUAUAAUAAAGAGCAUGUUUUGAUUAUUAUAAUAGCCUUUUUAUUACACCUCUCGACUUAGGCCGUUUGUUUGUUUGUUUUGGGUAGUCAUGCUCUCUUAAAAGUCUCUUCGAUGGUGUCAUGUGAGGCGGAUCGUUACUUUCCCUAAAAUAUGGUUGAGCAAAGCGAUGGCUGUUCUUGCUCGUGAACGGAUGCUGCCAGCGGAGAUGAGUCUGCCCUAACUACUUCGAUAUUUAAGAUGUAAAUGUCUAGUUACACCUAAUUAAAAUAACACUAUAAUGUAUUUAUACUGUAUGACACAGCAACCAAAAUGCAGGUGAACAAUUAAUAUUUAAUUUCACAUUAUGUAGUGAAAGGUAACUUCAUGAAUCAUCCCUGAAGUCAUUUUACAACUUCACGACUCUGUAAAAAAUAAUAAAACAGAGAGCGAGAAAAACAGCCCUUGCUGAGUUUCUUGCUGCUUCUUCUCAGUACAAGGUCUCCCGCCGUAGAUUUACGAACCGAUGGCUUAGCUUCUAGACAUUCAUGAGUGCUUGCUUGUAAUAGCCUAAACUAAAUAAAUGAUUAUGAUUAUGUCCACCGCCCCCCUUAGUGGACUGUCACCGAGAACUAGGUGACUGCGCCAAAGUAGCAAUACAUACUUUACUAUAACCGCUUGUCCACCGCAAGCUCGUCACGUCAUCUUAAUCCCACGCAGAAAUAUUGUCGUUCUCGUUGACGUCCCAGUGACGGCCGCGGUGGACAAACGGCCUAACACAAUAAAUAAUAAAUUUCAUCAACUGCAGGAUCAACAGAUACUAUUAGUUCUUUUUGUUUGCACAGUUUAACAUAAGAAGGAGAUAGAAAGCCUCUCUUGGUUUUGUUUCGCCGGUUCUUCUCAGAAAGGUCUCCCAAUUUUGGAACCGGUGGUAGUUUACGGUAGUUAAGGUCAAAUAGAGAAACUCAAAAUUACAAAAAAAAAGUACUUUAUUAACUAAAUUAACUAAUAAAUUCAUACAUAGACAAUAAAAUUUUAAAAAUCUAACAAUGAAAUAACCGAACGCUCAAUAAAAGUCUUUCGAAGGUAGCUCAACAAAAUGAAAUUAAAAAAAAGAUAAAUAUUAUUCUGACGAAGCAGACCUGAAAAGGCUGCGAAACGUCAAUAAAUAAAUUAAGUUUCGUGCAUGAACUCGUUAAAACUAGUUUUAUUAAAUUUCAUAAAUUUUUGUGCUGAAGGGUCAAGUGGGGGUCGGAGUAACAAGAGGCAAACAGACAAUCUCUGCCCUUUUCUUAUUUGUCUAUGAUAUGCUUUGACGUGUUUUAUUACUUUUAUAUCCCCUGGUCUAUGUAACACACCAUUUUGUUUUUCACGGUCGGAAAAUAAAAAAAUCGGCCUAUUUUCCUCUUAUUAUUUUAGUUCUUUUGUACAUCCAGGCUUCAUUUAUGUCUUAAAUCAAUCCUGAAUAGUUUCUCUACAAAAUUAUCUGUAUAUUAGAUAAGUAAAUUAAAAGCCAUUACUAUGCCAAACGCAAAAUAUGAAAAAUUAAAACAAUUUUCUCAAAUCACGGCAGAAAUCGGCCAUCUCCACAAACAGUGAUUUUUGACGUUGACAAAAAUCUGCCAUUUACACAGACCAUAUAAAGGAUAAAAGGUAUAUCUCUUUUGUUAUUUGUCUAUGAUCUGUCUUGACGUGUUUUAUUACUUUUAUAUGCUGCCAUCUCAGACAUCAAAUAACCGGGUAUAAUACCACUUGACCCUACUUAGUUUGAAUCGCUAAGUUCAUUGUCAGCCUAUGAAUGACCCCACUACUGGGGCAUGGGUCUUCCCUAUGAAUGGAAUAAUAAGGAAGGAUUAUGACUAACUACGCGAGGCCAAUGCGGAUAGCUGGGUACUUCGACUCGAGCAUAUUCAGCCAGGACUCCAGGAGAGAAGACGCGGUGAAGUCCCUUAAAGGGAUCUAGCGGUUCCACACUUAACAGAGUAGAGAGUAUUCGCAGGGUUUUUAGCGGAUAGUAUGCAGUAAGCGCUCGUAAGCCGCGUGGACUGCUUAACGUCUUCUCCGUUUCGUACCCGUGAAACUUGCGAGAAUCAAGGUGUGAGGUCCGUACCCUUAACACGAAUCAAUAUCAAAUUCUAACAGUUCGUGAGGCCGAAAUGUCAUUGUCAAACGUGUUUAGUUCUCGUUACGUCCUUUAUGGCGCUGGUGUUCAAGUUUUCAUACAAAAUUUGACAAUGACAUUUCGGACUCGCAUCCAUAGCAAAAUUAUCAUCAUCAGCCUUUUGAUGUCCCCAACAUGCAGGCCUAUUGCUUAUUGGUGGGUGCUAACGACUGCAGAUGCAACCGGGACCAACUGCUUAACUUUUGUGAUAGUAUGAUGGGUGACCAAAAAAUAGUGUUUUUGGUCACCCGCCGAAUUACCGACCACUGUGAAAGUUACUUAACUUCGAAGAUCGCAGCUGAACACGCUAAGCACUUGCGCCAUCGAGCUCCUCUACGAGCAAAAUAUGUCAAUGCAUAACAAAAUAAAUUUAAAUUGCAUUUGCCUGCGUCAAGCCACUUAGUUAUCAGCCUGAUGCACAGAGUUACAUUUUCUCUUGAUAUAAAAGUUAGAAAUGAUGUGAAGAAUUAAAAAAAACAAUGGUUGCCAGCUCUCAAUCAGUCGCAUCUUUAGGGUUGCCAGGUAUUUGACAGCUGGUAUCAAUCAGGUUUAUCUGGUGACAAGCUUUUAUAUUAAAUAAACUAGCGGCCGCCUGCGACUUCGUACGCGUAGAGUUAGUAAGAAAUAAAGGUUCACUGCUCGUUCCCCGUAGGUGAUAGGGUGAUAAUAUGUAGCCUUUAAUGUUAACUCGACUUCCUAGUAAUAUUCGUGUAAAAGUUGAAGUAAAUCCAUGCAGUACUUUUUGAGUAUAUCCCGGACAUACAUAAAGACAAACGGACAAAAAUUCUAAAAACUAUAUUUUUGGCUUCGGUAUCGAUUGUAGAUCACACCCCAAGUAUUAUUUUAAAAAAUAUUCUAUGUACAGUUUUGACUUUCCUACCAUUUUAUUAUAUGUAUAGAUUGUGCAAUGACGUUAUAAGUUCAUAGUAAAAGAAAAGUUCAUUAUUUCCCUUCAAAUGGCGUUUUUUUUUAAAUACAUAUGGAUGCAAUUUACAUAAAUGGAUACCAAAUAUAUGAAUAAAUAAAUCAUUUAGAUUUAGUUAUGAAUCGAACUGCGGAAUCGUGGACUAAGCAGUUUCUAACUAUUCAUAUUACAGCCUUCAUGGUCAAGAGGUUGCGCCUGCAAUUGUAGGAAUGUAUAUUUCCUAGAUACUUACAAUUUCCUUCAAAAUUUGUACGAUUUAGCUGUUAAAACUUUGGCUGGACUAAGACACAUAAUACUUUUUAUCCAUUACAAAAGAAGGUUAGGGUUCUGUAGGGUUCUCAAAAAACUAAAUGUUAACUCGGGCUUGGUCGUGGGCGUAAGCUCAUAAAUUAAUAAUUUAAACAGUAAUAAAAAGUUUACUAAGUCAAUAGCCUUAUCAUAUUAAUGAAUGACACUAUGACACCAUGUUGGUUCGAUUCGCCUAGAGUGGGGGGACAGGACUUAUAUGAAUAGAUUUAUAAGCAAUAGUUACGACGUAAGCAGUCAGUCACGAUACAACGCUAAAAAGUGCGGACGUCUGAGAUCAAGCAGUAACUAUUUUGUACCGCAGAUGAGGUCAUUGGAUGUCAAGAUGUUAACGUUCACUGUAUUUUUUGCCAUUUUAAUUGUAACAAUGGCUAAAGGCAUAGACGACGUUUUGGCAGGAACAGAUAUUAUAUAUCCAAUACCAUGUAGAUGCAAAGCGACUUGCGCCAACCCGAAUCCGAGUAAUUGCAAACCAAACACCUCCCGUGCUUGUGAAGUUGGCAAGAUCUGGUCCAGCAGUAACGGCAAAUGUAUCCCAAUAAGUGAAUGUCCAAAGGAUAUCGGCUGCAAUGGCGAUAUGAACGCAGUUAUCAAGGAGAACCCAAGCGGUUGCCCAUCCACUUGCGACCAACCAGACACGUUCCCUUGCAACAAAAUGGGUUUGACCGUUGGAUGUGUAUGCAAACCUGGAUACAUUCUAUCAAAUGAUGGCAAAUGCAUAAAACCCGACAGCUGCCCAGGUGGCGACCCUUGUGGAUGUAACGCAACAUUCGUCGAUUGCGCGGACGGAUGUCAUACCAACUAUUGUCCGGAGAAUGACUCGCGCGACAUUGUUGUAUGCGACCCACUGAUAGACUGCCCUUCGGGAUGUGCAUGCAAAUAUGGUUACGUCAGACUCAGCUCCGAAAACAAAUGCAUGCUACCACAAGAAUGUCCUCCAGUCAAUUGUACUAGACCCAACGAAGUAUAUGAUCCCUGUCCUAGCGCAUGCUUUUCUGACGACUGCGCUGAAGUCAUAAAGCCAGUGUCUGUAUGUAACACUUUGGUUAAACCAAUAUGUAGACCACAGUGCGUAUGCGCAAAAGGGUUCGGUAGGGACACCAAUGGCGUAUGCAUACCUAUAUACAACUGUCUUCCAACUGCUGUUGUAUGAAGAAUCUCUUGUUCCAGAGAUAAAACCUCCGUAUAGUAUGUUUCUAAAUCAAAAUUCCAAAUUAUUAUUUUUCUAAAACGACAAUUCAAUUCACUUUCGUCUUUGGUAUGUACCUAAAUAAAUAUAUUUAGUUCAAAAAACUUUUAAUGAAGUAAGUACCUUCAAAAACUUUGCACUUAUAGGUCUGAGGAAUUUAAUUAAAAGAAUCACCCCUUUAGAUAUUCUAAUAAUUGAUAUGCAUAAAACGUCUAAAUAAAGACUAUUUUUAUACAUCUUUUUGCCUUAUUUCUUCUCUCCCCCAACUUUGUAAGGGGAACUGCUUUUAACGAGAUAAAAUAUAUCUUAUGUUACUCAGAUAUUUCUAAUAUAGCUUUAUUUUAAGUUUACUCAUUACCAACAUACAAAUAUGGCUGCCAUUUUCAAUAAACUUUCCGACUACGGGCCUGCUGUUAGAAAUUUCAGAUUGUAAUAAGCUGUGCCCUUCAAGCCGUUUAAACUUCAGUUGCUUGUCUUUCUUUUGACACAGCUUAUGAAAAACAACAUAAAAGGAACAGAAAGAAUAAAAUUCAAAGUAUAGGAUAAAUAAAGGGGUUGUGACGGCGACAUCUACAUGUCCCACAUAUAAGAACAUGGAAGAAAUAAUCACUCGUCCUCCUCAAGAGCUAUCAUCACCCAGCUCUGAGAAAGAAACCCUUUAGCCUUCUUACAGGGGUGAUAGGUAAAAAUAGCGACAAACAAGCUCACUUCCUGAAGAUAAGCAGCGGCCAUAAUAGCCUAUAGACGCCUACUAUACACAAGUGUCACUAGCGCAACCUAGUAUCAAGACUCCGUAGCAUGAGCACCACAAUUAACAUUAUACAUAUCACGGUUAACAAUAUAUUGUUUUAAACUUUCAUGGU